AUGGGGCACGUGUACUGCGAUGAUUUCGCGCCAUUUGCCCACAGCCCGCCUGGACACACGUGUGGCCUCCCCUGUUGCCGCGAGGAGAUGAGGGUUCGUAUAAAGAAGGACCCAAGAGGCAUGCCGAAAUGUUUUUCUGCUCCAAUAACCAAGGACAUACCCGAGCAGAACUUCACCCUGACGCGCCGUUUGAAACAAAUCAAGAGUAUGAAUGGAAACUUCAUCAAAUUGCCUGGACCGACGGAUGCCCGUCCUGGUCCCUCAUUGCCCCCCACGAAUUUGAACAUAAAUGACCCCAGUUCAAGCAGUGGACAUCGCCAUCAUCCGAGUGGACAAGGUAUUUCUAAGAUAAUCAUUAAGCUUGACCACCCAACUGAUGAAGGUGAAACGUCUGACUUUGAAGAGGACAAGACAAAGGAAAGGAGAACUCGGAGACACGUGUCCUUUGCCAACGAGUUGGAGGUCCACCUCAGACCCAGUAACCUUUCCUUCCAGCCGGCUCACUACGGCAGCUUUGGGUCCCUGCCCUCAAAGUAUCAGGCCAGAAUGCGCACCGGCCUCCCACUCGCCUUUAGACAGAAAGAACACAUCUCUCAGUAUGAAGAAAACGAAGAUGUUUACGACAUUGAACGUUUCCAUAGUGACUGGAAUAUAAACAGUCCAGCAGAUAUGUGGUCGAAGGAGGCGAGCGCCGUGGAGGCGUGGGAGGUGGACAGGAAUGAGCUCCUCAGGGACACACAGAUCAGCCGAACUGCCAGUUUCCGCCGUGAGCUGCGCCAGGUCAACUCGUCUAACCGUCCCCUCCACCUACAGCAGUCCAGAAUGAGUGGCCGAACCAAGGUGCAAGAGGUACAUCCUAUGAAGAAGGCAAGGGUUGUUCCCUUUGAGAAGCCAAAUAACGGGGCAGCUGCUCCACCGAAUGAGCAAAACGCGACUCCCUCUAAAUUCUUUAGCAAAGGAAAGGGAGGCCUUUUUUCCAAAAUUCCAAUCAAAAAGAGGGAGCCAUCGGGUCAAUCAGCAUGUCAAAAUGAAGCAGAGGAUAGCGCGAAAUCCAACGUGCCGCACAGGAAUAACAAAACGCAAAGCGAAGUGGAGGUGACAUUGAGAGAAGAGAGCAAGAACACCAUUAGUGCUGAAAAGGGAGCGUGUGUUGAAGAUGAGCAGUGCUCUGGGGUUUAUGAAAAUGAAACCAACAAGUCACACAGUUUACCAGUCAGUGUUUUGAGACACGCUGUCAAUGCCACCUAUGGCGUCCAGCCUCCUCAAGAUGAUGACGUCAUCCCAUCCAAACCAGUCAAUGUGGUAAGACCGAAGCAUCUCCCAGUUGCUUCUACCGUGAAAUGUCUGUCAGAUACAGCGCCGGAGGUCCAGACUUCAGUUCAAGAUGGCGGACACGUACCACGUUUACCAGCUGGAGCAACACCCACGCCCUUUCUGUUCAAACCAGCUCGUGCACAGCUCCCUAUCGACCCAUCAAGGAAGAGCUUGCAAACACACGAGGAGCAAAAGUCGCAGCAAUCAAUAGAUCUGAUCCAUGAAGAAGAAAACAACAGUUCCAUGGUGCCCGCUUUUCUACCACAGCAAACUUCCAAAGGUGAACAAGAAACGGGAAGACUGGCCCAAGAUCAACUAGUGAGGAAUAACCUCAUUAAAUCAGGCAUUAAAACAGACAUGGAAUUGUCAGCCCCCAAACCUGAAAGCUCUGUGUAUGAAAAUUUUGGGAUUGAUCAUUUGAAUAUCCAUCAACAAACAGCCGAGAUUGGAUCUAAACGCUUAUUAGCAGGUGCUCAACCAACGCCCAUUUUAAUGGAGGUGCCCCAUAAAAGAGAACACGAACUUGUAGCAGCAGGUGCCCACCAUUCAAUUGCUCCUUUGCCUGAUCUACCUUCACCCCCAUCGCCCCCUCUCAGCCCUCCCACUUCACCUAUCCUUAACCUACCUCUACCCCCUCCACCUCCAGGAUUUUGUGACGUCAUCCCCCCCUCACCCCCACCACGGCCUCCAAUGCCACUCCAGCCAGUGUGUACACCACAACCAGCACCUCCUCCUCCUCCUCCUCUCCCUCCACCCCCACCUCCAUUAGUCCCCGUGUUUAAUUCAUUUAAUCGAAAACCUCCCGCUCAAGGCGAGGGUGCCCAGAGACAGAAGCCGCCCACACUGCUAAAAGGCCUCAGGCGGCCAGCAGAUGCCACGCUUCACGACCAACUUCUCGUGGAACUUAAAUCGUUUAAAUCUCUGAGAAGAAUCAGUCAAUCAGCCACGACGGACAGUGAGGAAAGCGGUGACAAGAAACGAGAGUACAAUGAAACACUUGACGGACCGGGGGCGGCACGUACAGCUCAUGGUCCUGUCAAUCAUGCAGAUUUCCCUCCCCCACCUCCUUUUCUAAAUGAAAGACCUACUACAGAAGAACAUUUGCAAAGAGAUAUGAGUCCAGACAACCUCUACUCCGACAUUGACGACUACAUGUACCACGUACACAGUGGGAUAUCUGGNUAA